GGAGGCUGUCAUCGAAUGCGAGGGCGGCCUAUCCAUGCACAUAAGGGCGUGAUGUUAACCUAAAUAGAUGAUGACACGAGCUGCGUCCUACGAGCCAAACUCAGAUACUCCAGUAUGUGCUUAACGCAGCUCGUUUGAUGCCGCCGUUCAUUGCGUAAUGAUGCUGCCUGCUGCCUGGAGCUCCCAUUCUAUGGUUGUCAGUUAUCUAUAAAGUCAGGCCCAGAUGCGCAAAUUCGGUUUUCGGAAACCAACUCAGUCUUCCUGUUCUUUUGAUGAUAUCUACCAAUUCAUUACAAGACUUGGUCUACCGAAUACAGCGGCUCCCUGACACCAUCUCGUCAUGAGCUCAGAUCGUAAGCUCAUCACCAUCUUCGGGGGUACAGGCAAGCAGGGUGGUUCCGUGGCUCAUUCGCUGCUUCAAAGCCCAGACUUUAGAGUACGGGUGAUUACUCGAAACCCUGAGUCUGAUGCCAGCCUAAAGCUUGCUGCCCUCGGAGCCGAGCUCGCUCAAGGAAAUGGGUUUAGUAGCGAUGACAUGCUGUCAGCAUUUAGCAGCUCUUGGGGAGCAUUUGUCAACAUCAACUCUGAUGACAAGGUAUGGCUUAUGCUACCUCGACAGAGUCAAACUGUUAACAGGCGUAUUAAGGUCUUUACUACUGAAGGCGGGCCAACAGAGUUCGACAUGGGCAAGAUAAUCAUUGAUUCUGCUGUUCAGGUUGGUGUGAAGCAUCUCGUCUUUAGCUCUGGCCCCCCUUGCACUGAGAUGACAAAUGGCCAAGUACGGAUGAAGGCAAUGGACAUGAAGAACAAGAUUGAGAAUUACGCAAAGAGCCUUGAAUCUUUCGAGACCAUUACCCCUAUUGGCGCCGGCUGGUUUCUAGAAAACUUCCUCGGCAAAGAGGUCGCUCCUGUGUUCGGAGGAUUUCCUUAUUUCCCUGAUGACCACGGAUACCUUACUUUCAGAGUACCAUACUGGGGUGGAGAUGAGCAUGUUCCAUGGUUGAGUGUCUCAGACGACUUCGGAGAUAUUGUUCAAGGUAUCUUCCUGGACCCUGGUCGAUGGAACGGUCACUUCGUUCACGGUGUAAGCGACAUCCGCAGUUUUGAACAGGUCGUAGCGGAUUUCGCCGCGGUUACAGGAUGCAAGGCGCGGUUCCAGCCCAUAUUACCCACAUGGGAGGCAUUUGAUACGCAUGGAAUCCAGGAGCUUGAGGACGUGAAACUCAUGUUUGGCUUCACGCAGCUGACAGGCGGCCGAUACUUCGGGCCGGAAGCCACGGAGGUCGAUACCGCCAGGCAAUUGAAGCAGAUCACAGCGUUGAAAUUGGGUCGGCCGGAAGAACAGCACAAAUUGACUUCUGCGCGUGACUGGUUUGCUGCGAGAUUUACAAACUAGGGUAUUGCUCUUUGUGAUCUAUGGACUCCUUGCUCAGGAUUGUAUAAUGGGCUACUGAUAUGGCCCGAGCUACCUAGCUGAUUAUUGUAUCGAAUGGACGUUAACUUUUAUUGGGACAACCCUGAAGAGAGUAGUACAGUACGCAUGAUUGCCUUGGAGCUUUCAAAUAGAACUCUAUCCAAUUAUAGAUGUCUCGUCUGGAUUGUGCUGUGGUUAUGGAUCAGGC